AAUAAACAACUACAUGACAUCAACGCGGAUGACAGGGAAAAGAGCUGUGUUAUUACUAAGCAGAGAUCAGUUACAAGUUGCAAUCGAUACGUUGCUUGAUUUUGACAGACUUGGAGAUAUUUUGAAAAUUUAAUAUGUCUGAGUCGUAUGAGUUUUUAUUCAAGUUCCUUGUUAUUGGAAGUGCAGGAGCUGGGAAGUCUUGCAUUCUGCAUCAAUUUAUUGAAAGCAAAUUUAAGCAAGAUUCAAACCACACAAUUGGUGUAGAGUUUGGCAGCAAGGUCGUCAAUGUUGGUGGCAAAGCUGUCAAACUACAGAUCUGGGAUACCGCUGGCCAGGAGCGAUUCAGGUCAGUGACCCGCAGCUACUACAGGGGGGCUGCUGGAGCUCUUUUGGUGUAUGACAUCACAAGCCGUGAGACUUAUAAUGCCCUCACCAACUGGCUGACAGAUGCACGCACAUUGGCAAGCCCAAACAUUGUCAUUGUCCUUGUCGGGAACAAAAAGGACUUAGAAGCAGAGCGGGAAGUUACAUUCAUGGAGGCCAGUCGCUUUGCUCAAGAGAAUGAGCUGAUGUUUCUUGAAACAAGUGCUCUGACUGGAGAGAAUGUGGAGGAAACAUUUCUCAAAUGUGCCCGCUGCAUCCUGACAAAGAUUGAGUCAGGUGAGCUGGACCCAGAGCGUAUGGGCUCAGGCAUUCAGUACGGUGAUGCCCUACGACGCAUGCACAGACAAGAGAAACUCCAACCUCGCACAGCUCGGCCUGACUGUAACUGCUAGAACCAAACAAAAAAAAAAAAGAAGAAAGAAAACAACAGCAUGUGAACAGAGCAGGGAGGGAAUCUCUUUUGUUUCUGAACUUAAUUCUGUGGAACUCAUUUGUUUUGGAACUUACUUCUGUGGAAUGGCUUACUUUCUGUGAAAGGGAGUGUGUGCUAUAUGUGAGGGACGCUAGUGCCAAUUGCUCAGUUUCUGUGAUGAAGCGAAUGCUGUGUGAUAUGUAUGGAGUGUGACAGACGUGGUAUGCAUGAGGCUGCAUUUUGCUGAGCUUCUCCACAAUAUGUGAUGUUAUGGCCUUAGUGUCACAACUUUUUGGUGUGAGUUUACAGUAGUACUGAUCAUUUGUUAGGGGUGUGUGGUUUUUUUUUUCUUUUUUCUUUUUUUAUUUGUAAUGUGUUUGGAGUCACCAUCGGGAGUAAUGUCAACACAUCCAUUAGGAUCGCAAUUUUUUAAAAUACUUCACAAUAUUUACACCUUUGGGAAAGUUUCUACUGGACUCUGUGCCUUAUGCAUAGAGGAGGAGCAAGAGGUGAUAGAAUUAGGGUUGAUCACUGAUGCAUGUGAAAGCAUUGUCAGGUGUCUCUAUUGUUCUUUUCAUUUAAUUGUUAAGACCGUUUGUUUUUGCAUAUAUUAUGUAGGACUCUGUAGCAUGUUGGUUCUUCGUAGAGUGUCUAUUUCUGGGUUGCUCUCAGCAGCGGGUCCUUUUCGUAUUGUGCACGCGCAUUUUCCACACUCCUUGCCCACUAGUUCCCUUCAGAGUUUACAUUUCACACCUGAAGAAUAGUUUUAAAUUUUAUUGAUUUAAUCCUUGGCACAAAAUAGGAAAAGCACACGCUACGCAGGGCAACCUGGAAAGGGACAUGCUACAGAGGAUGGACAGGUCUUGGAGUCUUACGUAUACUAUAAUUUAUUUUUUUAUUUUUGUUAGAAGAAACAAAUAUUUAUAAAGCAUGUGCUGUGAGAUUUUAUUUCCAAAAUGAUUUUAUGGUGUGAGAAUUAAUUAUUUUACUACCAAACCGAGUCUUGCCGUUCGUAACACAUGUAAACAAUUUUGUAUCUAUAAUAUAUGUUAAGAUUAUUCAGAAAAUACCAAGGACUGAAGAAUUUGGGUUUUUCAAAAAUAGCUAUUUGCAGUUGAUCUAAGGAGUUUGAUCAUCAUUGAAUUAGGAAUUGAGAUGAGAAAAUUCAAUAAACAAAACAAAAAUUAGACAUAUAAACAACACAUUUGCAAUGAAAUGUGGAAUAGGUCUAAUAUUAGAAGGAUUCUGAGCCCUCCAUUAUUUGAGAUUUUUUAUUGAAUAGAUAUGGAAGCUCAAAUUGGAUUUUUUUUUGUUUUUGGUUUCGACUUAUGAUAUUUUAUUAGUCAAACCCAGCUGAUUAGAUUGGGGAAAAAGAAUCCUCUGGAAAAUGUAAGCUUCAAUUUAACUUUAUUUUUAGAUAAAUCAAAAAGAAAAUGAAACAUUCUUUUUUUUUUCUCCAGAAUUUCAAAGUAAAUCUAGAUCUAGAUUGUAUAGGAGUUUAAUAAUAAAUAAUGAUUUUUAUUUUUGUGGUCUCAAUGAGAAAAUAUGAAAUAAAAAAUUUAUUUGGGACUAUCUGUAUGUGUUGUGUAAAGAAAGUGCUUUUUGGGGCUUUCUCAUUUUGUCUGCAUCCCACACUUGAUUGUCUGAUUGUGUAAUGCAUUUUUCACACUUAAGGUGAGAAAGAGAAGGUUUAUACAUUAUAUAUAAAUGGGGUUGCAUAGUAUUGUUGCUGAGUGUUGUCAAUUGAGAGGCUGUUCUAGACAUAAAGACAUGCUUGCAGAUUGCUCAGGUUACCAGAUGCCUACAAGAAUAUGUUUUAUGAUGACUGUUCUUUUGCUCCCUGUCUUGUCUAAUUUUUUAAAAUAUCAUUAUUCAAUUGCUAGAUUUGUAUCUGGACCAGACAUCUCAUGUAGUAUAGAACCUGAGAGAACAGAUCUGAACUCUUAGAUGCCUUUCACAGCUAAUCAUUCUUUCACUUGUGUGUCUCAGAUUCUUGCAGUUGUAACAGAAAAAUUAAUAUCAGACUAGAUAUGUUGCAAGUCAAUUUCGUUUUUCGUCUUUAAAAAAGUUCAGUUGUUUUCUUGAAAAUAGAGUGCCAUGUUUCUGUAUUGCUGAUUAUUAUCAUUAGCACAAAAUGGAGGGUGGGUGUUGCAAUGGGGUUGUUUUUUUCUAAAACCCAAUCAGCUGCAGACAAGGUUCAUGUCCUGUCGGAGUUGCUGUUUUCUCAAGAAAAAAUACAGAUUAAAAAAAAA